UACAAACUUAUCGAAUCAAAUAAUAAAACUGAAAACCAUACAAUACAAAUACAAGACUCAAAUAAGAACCUUAUCAUCUCUAACUUACUGAAUCCUACGGAUAUCACCAAACUAUAUACCAAAUUCAGCCCUUUGCGAUAUCCAUACUCGUUCAACGAAAAUCAUCCGAUACCUAUACCUUCUUGUACAUCUCUAUCAACAAAACGCACAUCUCAGAAGUCAAAGUCACCGUCACCGUCACCGUCACAACAGAAGCUCAACACAUUAGCACUCCUGAAAGGUUUUGACUUAAGCGCAUAUCAUUCAGAUCUAAUUUUCAUCCUUUCGUAAUGGAUAACCUGUGGACUCGACGUUCGAAGUAAGUAUUUCCUUCUUCGUUCCCGCAUUUGCCUCUUUCUUUGAGCGCUUCUAAUCAAAGUGCGGUACAGUUCCAGCAAACUUUCGCUAUCCACAGGAAAUCCAACUACGAAUGGAUCAACUUUCAAUGGUGGCGACCAGCCGGCAAGAGGAUUUGCUUUGGGUAGAAGAAAUGGAGAUACUUCCUCGCAUAGCACAAAGAAUCCUUUCAAUUCCAUGUCCCCUUCGGCCUCAUCUUUAUCCUCCCCAACGACUGGCGCAUCGAGCGCCUUUGGCUUAGGAUCAGGCGCUUUCGCAUCAUUUGGAAGUGCAAAGGGCCCGAAGACACCUGGAGGUGGAGGCGUAUUGGAUUUUGGAAGUGUGGUGGGAGGAUCUACCAAAACACCAAGCGCAGAGAAAAACUAUAGAGACUUGGGAUCAAAGGCCUCUAAAUUUUCUCUCACAGAUUUUAAGACGGCCACAACACCACUUUCUCAUCAAUUUAGACACGGUUGGGUAUUCUGGUAUAGACCCCCAAUCUCCAAAUCAAAUGGAUUCGUGGAAUAUGAAAAGACAUUACAUCCAAUGGCAACAUUCAAUUCGGCGGAGGAAUUGUUCGAUGUUUUUGAUCAUAUGAGGCACCCGUCAGAUCUGCCACUGGUUUCCGAUUACCACAUGUUUAAAAAGGGAAUUCGUCCCGUUUGGGAGGAUGAUGAAAAUAAAAAAGGAGGCAAAUGGAUCGUGAGACUUAAGAAGGGUGUGGCUGAUCGUUAUUGGGAGGAUUUAGUCUUUGCAAUGGCAGGAGAUGAAUUCGAUCCUAGUGAGGAGGUUUGCGGUGUUGUGCUUAGCGUACGCAAUGGUGAAGAUAUUUUGAGUAUCUGGACUCGUUCAGGUGGCGGGAGAGUACUUAAGAUUAGGUACAUAAUUUCCCCAUCAUAUUUGCAAAAUCAUAUACUAACAACUAAAUAGGGAGACAUUGAAGCGUGUUCUUUCAUUCCCACCCGAAACCAAGGUAGAAUGGAAAUCUCAUGAUUCUAGCAUACAACAACGAACUGCUAUUGAUGAAGCUCGAAAGGAAAAAGCUGCCAAUCAUCACAAUAAUCGUAAUGGCAACGAACACACAGAGAAGAAACAAACAUCAUAAUUUCAACAUUCUAUUGAGCUUCCUAAGCCACGAGUUUUCUUUUUCUUACAAGAACUGUACAAGUAUUUGGGUUGCAUGAAUUGGUAAAAGCGAAAUGAAUGAUAUGAUUUGGCUAGGGUGGCGAUUUUUUCAAAUGCCAUUUUGGUCCCGACUUUCUUCAUGCUUUGUAAGGGAUUGUGCGUAUGUGAUUUAGCCUGGGGUUGUUUGUAUCAUAGUUUCGAAGAGUUUCUUGUAGAGAACCUCCUCUUGGCUUUGCCUCUUUUUAUCAAUUUUAGGAUUGCUGUAGCUGCAUACAAUGAGCUACGCAGUAGAGAUCACAGCAAAACUCGUUUCUC